CAUGUCGUCUGCCACCUUAUCAUCACUGUCGUGUACUAAAGUGACAACCUACCUUCUGUGAUGAUCUCGCCUCGCCAUCUUGAAAAGAUCCACCCGUAACGGGUACACGACAGUGCUCAUGUUUUGAUGUCAGGUAUUAUUUAGCGGUUCACCAAGUAUCUAGCAGAUAUCACACGUAGGUGUGUGCACAGUCGUCGGGUACAAGUACAAGAUAAAUUUACAGAGACACUCGGACACUGGCGUAUUGCAGCAACCGGUUAUGUUAAUCGAUAUCCACAACACAUCUCAUUGGGUAAAUAAGACGUCUAAGACUGUGUUGAUAUGGACCGGAUUCUUUUCUGACGAAACCUGGGUGGAUUCAUUUAAGAACGCGUUUAAACUAUGUAAAUUUAAGUGUAUUGCUACAGCAGAUAAAUCGCAAAUAAAAUCUGCAGAUGCAGUUGUAUUUCAUCUCCGUGAUAUAAAUAGUACAAUUCCCGACUAUAGGGAUGAAAGUCAGGUGUGGAUAGUUAUCAAUGCCGAGGCACCUCCCAAUGUGUUCAGAUAUUCUGUAAGUAGAGAUCUGAGACGGGUGAACAACAUGUUUAACUGGACACUUACAUAUAGACGUGAUUCAACGAUACAUGCUUUCUACGGUCGAUUUGGGCCUCUAUCAAAAGAGGAACAACUCGAAUAUACUCCAAUCAAUUAUGCAGCGACGAAAUCCAAAAUGGCAGCAUCGAUCGUUAGUGAUUGCCUCGACAAUGCAAACCGAAACAGAAUACUUCAGAAACUAGCCCGCUAUAUCAACCUUCAUCAAUACGGGGGUUGUGGAACUCUAUCCUGCCCACGAACAAGUGAAAGCAUAUGUACGUCAAGCCAAUAUCGAUUUAGGAUUGCAUUCGAGAACUCAAACUGCAGGGAUUACAUCACCGAGAAGUUUUGGAACUCAUUAAAGGACAACGUUAUUCCUGUUGUGAACUGGCCAUGGCUUGAGGAAACAGCGAUGAAAGAACUUGUACCGCCGAAAUCUUUCAUCAAUUUACAUGACUUUGAAACCGUCGCAGAUCUAGGUAAAUAUUUAAACUAUCUCACUCACAAUGAUGCAGAAUUCAACAGUUACUUUGAAUGGAAGAAACAGUAUCGACUGCUUAUGAGUGUACCGUUCUCCAGCAUCGACUUAUGCACUAAACUGCAUCAGCCACAGAAGGAUCAGGAAAUAACAGACUUGCACAGAUGGUUACAAAAUGAUACGAGUACAUGUAAGCCCAUUUCGGGUUUCAGUUCGCUCCUUAUACGUUUAGAACGCUUCCUUUCCGGCAAGGGAUGGCCAUGGUGACAAGACAAACAAUCCGAGCAAAAUUGGUGUUAUCAAUCAAUAUCCAGGAUUAAUGUGUGUCUCACUACUUUUAUUGUGAAAAAAGCAACAUGGCUGCCCAGUUGUUUGCUGAUUACAGUUCCGGAUUAAUAGGUAUAAGUACUUGUAUUUAAUGCCUUGUUCUAUCCAAUAGUACCUGUAUUGUCAUCUUCCAAACAGAUGUGAAAAUAUAAGAACUAUUGGUGAUUAGUUCGAUUUAGUUAAAUAAUAUGACAAAACCCAAUAUAACAUUGUCUGUUAUUGGACUUCCUCGUUCAUUGAAGUAUUUACACCGAAAGGAAAGACCAAUGCCGACUUUCGUACGUUUACAAAAAAUAAAUAAAAAAAUAAGUGUUUCAGAUGAAAGAAGAUUUUUUAUUGCAAACACAGUUUCAAGGAUCCCUGCUCCAGUAACAAAACCUGAUACUGCGCUUUGGAUUUAUUCCCCGGAAUAUCUAUAGCUUUCUUUUUUAAUCAAUUCCGAAAAGAAAUCCAUACCUCGCGGGACGUUUAUGAACAACUUAAGGGUGAAAUAAACAAAAUGUUUCAACAACAUUGUUCUGAACAACCUUCCGGAUUUGACCUUGAUUUGAACCUUCGACUUCAGAGUAUAGACCAACGGAGCUUAGUUGUUGAUGUUAAACCGAAAGGAACCAAAAAAUCUCCGCUCUCACACCUGUA